AUGCUUUCUCCUUCAGUAUUCUUGCUGAGUUACGUUAGUCUAUCCUUCAUUUCUUUGCUUACCGUGACUCUUAACCUGCUUGUCAUCAUUGCUGUCUCCCACUUUAAGAAGCUGCACAGUCCCACCAACACCCUAUUGCUCUCGCUGGCUGUUUCAGACUGCAUGGUGGGAUUCCUCAUUUCAUUUCAAAUCAUGCUGCUAGAUGGGUGCUGGUAUCUUGGGGACAGCAUGUGUGCCCUCUAUGUUGUUUUGGAUUAUGCUGUCACCUCUGCUUCAAUUGGAACUAUGGUGCUUAUUUCGGUUGACCGUUACGUGGCCAUUUGUUACCCCCUGUAUUACCCCAGCAAAGUCACAGACACACGAACAAAAAUAUGUGUAUUCCUGUGUUGGAUGUUUGCUUUUCUUUGUCACUGCCUGCUGCUAAAGGACAGUUUGCAAAAACCAGGCAGGUAUAAUUCCUGUUUUGGAGAAUGCGUUGUUGUCCUCGAUUAUGUUGGGGGGAUUGUUGAUCUCUUGUUGUCGUUUAUUGGCCCCGUCACUGCCAUCCUGGUUCUGUAUUUAAGAGUGUUUGUGGUGGUUGUAUCUCAGGCUCAAGCCAUGAAGUCUCAUGUCGCAACUGUCUCACUCCAGGGUUCAGUUACAGUCACUGCUAAGAAAUCUGAAAUGAAGGCAGCUCUUAUCCUUGGGAUUGUUGUAGUUGUGUUUCUGAUUUGCACCUGUCCAUAUUUUUGUGUUAUUCUUAUGGCAGAAGAUGCUGAAGUCAGUGCUUCCUCUGUGACCUUUCUUCUGUUUUAUUUUAAUUCCACAGUGAACCCUUUGAUCUAUGCCCUCUUUUACCCCUGGUUUAGGAAAUCAGUCAAACUAAUUCUUACGCUGCAGAUCUUAAAGUCUAACUCAACUGACACUUUUGUCUUGUAA